GCUUUAAGGAGAGAGGGGGGCCGCCGAGUGCCCGUCCCAUCUGGUGCCCAUCCAACUCUUCCUCCUUCCCCUUGGCUUUUUCUUUUCCCAAUGAGCUCCAGCAGGCUGGGGGAGGAGCGGGGGAAGGAGCAAACUUUGCCCCUGAGCUGCUGCCGCUGCCAGCCCUCUGGACUGUGAGUGCGUACGGUGGGCACCCGCCCCAUCCUCCUUGCAGCAUCAGCCUGCUCUCCGUCUGCCGCUCCCUCUCCCUCGCUUUCUAAAUUUCGCACAGUACGAUGUAGGGGCUGGUCGUUACUCUUUUUAUUUCUCACCGAAGAUGGUAUAUUUUUUUUUAAUAUAUAUUUAUCUUAUUUAUUAAUUCCUCCCGAUCGUAAGCCUGCCCAGCCUCCUGCCAGCUGGGCCAGAGCGUAAAGCCUGGGACUGCACCUGGGGCGAUGAGCCCUGCGCUGAAGAAGCCUCCCGGAGGGAUGCGCCGGGGCCGCGCAGCAGCCUAGCUCGGCGUCCCGGAGCGCGCAGCGCCGCUCGGCCCCUCUCCCUCGUCCCCUCCGCUCGCCUGCUUUGCACCCCGUCCCCUUGAAACCUCGGAUCAGAGCCUGCGCCCCGCUCCGGAGAUCUCCGCCGCGUGGAGAGCCCGGAGUCCGAGGAAAGACGGGGCGGCCGUGCUAGAUGCAUGGGGGAGGGCUCCGCUUAAUGCAAGUUCUGGGCUCCUGCAGGGACCCCGACAACUGUCAGUGGCAGCAGCAACUCGGGGCCUCCUCCUCGUCUUCCUCAGCGAUGCUUUUCCACAGCCUGUCCGGCUCGGAGAUGCACGGGGUCAUCGACGAGAUGGAUCGGAGAACCAAAAGCGAAGCACCGGCCAUCAGCUCGGCUAUAGACAGGGGAGAGACCGAAACGGUAGGAGGCAAAGGAAUGGGAGAGUCGUUCAACUCCCUAAACGUAACGAACCCUUCAAAAAUACAGCUUUGCCGGCUCUGUGCGGCUCCGGCCCGCGGCCCCUCUUCUUCUGCCUUCUCCCGAGCAGACCCGACGAAAAGCGGGAUGCGCCUCUCACCGCCUCCUCUGGCCGUUCUGUUUUGCAGGAGAUUUUCGGUGCAGAGAUGUGCGAGAUGUCACCUGGGGAUUUCUGCCUCCGAAAUGGUCAUGAGGGCCAGGGAUUUGGUAUAUCACUUAAAUUGCUUCACUUGCACCACUUGCAACAAGAUGCUGACCACCGGCGACCACUUCGGCAUGAAGGACAAUCUGGUGUAUUGCCGCCUCCAUUUCGAGACUCUCAUCCAGGGGGAGUACCAGGUGCAUUUCAAUCACUCGGAUGUAGCCGCUGGGAAGGGCCCAGCGUUGGGUGCAGGCUCUGCCAAUACUUUGGGACUGCCUUAUUAUAACGGCGUGGGGACUGUCCAGAAGGGGAGACCCAGGAAAAGGAAGAGCCCAGGGCCUGGGGCAGAUCUGGCAGCCUACAAUGCAGCUUUAAGCUGCAAUGAAAACGAUGGUGACCACCUGGAUAGAGACCAGCAAUACCCCAGCAAUCAGAAAACAAAGCGUAUGAGGACAUCAUUCAAACACCACCAGUUGCGGACAAUGAAGUCAUACUUUGCUAUUAACCACAAUCCUGAUGCCAAGGACUUGAAACAGCUAGCUCAGAAAACUGGCCUGACCAAAAGAGUUCUUCAGGUUUGGUUUCAAAAUGCUCGAGCCAAAUUCAGACGGAACCUCUUACGUCAAGAAAACACAGGGGUGGAUAAGACUUCAGAUUCAACACUCCAAGCAGGAACCCCAUCAGGUCCUGCAUCAGAAAUAUCCAAUGCCUCCAUGAGUCCAUCCAGCACUCCCACUACCUUAACGGACUUGACUAAUCCUACUAUGCCUACUGUGACAUCUGUCUUGACGUCAGUGCCCGGAAGUCUUGAGGUUCAUGAAUCCCGAAGUCCUUCACAGACAACUCUUACAAAUCUUUUCUGAUGACUCUUAAUAAUUUCUUUAAGAAAGAAAUUAUCCUUAGUUGAAAUUCCAAGUGUAUUUUAAUAGAGGCUUUGAGCAACUGACUAACCACCAUUAGGAUCUCUCCUAAGAAAACAGAAGGAAAUUAGUGUUCUGGUGUUACAGAGUAUGGACUGAAGAAUAACUUGGAAGAUCUAUUGCAACACAACAUUUGUGUAACUGUACAGUUUUGUGGACUGAGCAAGGGAAACAGCAAUUAAUUUAAGUUGGCUAAAGCUUCUGUAUUUUCAAAGACUGCCAUGUGCCUUAUACACUGUUUUAUCUACAUACUUUGAAUUCCAUGUCCACUUCUCUCUUUUUCUCUCUGUAUAUUUAUGACCAGGGCAAAAAUGCUAAGAGUUUGUUACUUUGAAUAGUCCUAAGUCUUUCAUUGGUUGCUUUGUUGUUUUAGAAGUUUAAAGUCAAAGUCUGUUUGAAUACCAGAAUUUGUAAAAUCUAACCAAUAAUAAAACCACUUAUGGAAACUACUUCAUAAUGGCUACAGUUACGUCUAAUGUGAGUUUCACAAUCAAGAUAGGCUGAUUGUAUUUAAAAGGAUUAGAAAAUUGCACUUCAAACAUGAUAUCUGCCUAGAAUAACUCUAAUGUGAUGUAUACAUUUCUUCUGUUCCUGAAGUAUAUAUGGGUGAGAAGUCUGCCUUGUGCAACAGUCUAGCUAUUUUCAGUAUAGAGAAAUAAAUGUUAGUUGCAGAUAGAAAUCAUCAGAUACUGUUAAAAUUCAAACAGACAAAAUAUACUUAAUUUUGUUGUGUGAAGAAAGCUUGACUUCAGCUGGCAUUUAUGAAAGCAGUCUUGCUUUAGCACAAGAGAUGCUUGUCCCCUUUCACGGUGGAGGCAGGCGAGGUUCCUGCCGGCCGUGCGGCCACCAGCGCUCUGCUACAGAGGUGGCAUUAGGUAAUAUUUUCCCUAGGAAAAAGACAGAAGUAUUUCAGGUAAUUUUACAAAAUUGGUGGGCAAAAAUGAGGCAAAAGUAUGUUUUACAACGUCACAACCUUACAUUUUUUGUAAUGCUUUGAAGGAAUAAAAAGCCAAGGAAGAAUAUGACAUUAUCAAUAGCAGUAAAUGUGAUUAUUCCUUUAACUACUAUGAACCUUUCAAUAUGACUGAAUUCAUUCUCCCGGAGGAAAAAAAAAAUGCAGAAUAUAACUGAUAUUUUGAGUUCUUUUUCCUAUUGUUCUUAAAGAUGCUUUUCUGUAAUUAAAGAAAUACCUCAGCAAAGUUUAAAUAUGUGUAAGAAUGAGUAUAGGCUCUGCUGUUUGCCCAGUAGUUGUACAGAUCUGGAGUUGCACAUCACAUGCGUGUGGUCGUUCCUUUUCAAAUCCACCACAGCCCGGCUGCCGGGCGGUGUUACGCGGCUCUCCAACACCACUCUGUCAUUCCCACCGGAUCACAAUGGAUGAAAGAUUAUUCCAAAUAAACAGCAAGAUUUGUGCCAGGGUUUGUGUUCUUCGCCCUUUUCAGAGCACCGAAGAUGAUUUAUUGGGCCAGACCUUUUGGUAACAAUGUUUUGGUUUUAAAAGCACUGUAUUUAUUCAGCUUUCUCAGCUGAAAAUUUGCCAUUCUUGUGCAAGCCACAUUCCUUCCAAGCUUAGUGAGAGAUCUCAGAGAAGGAGGACUGUGGGAUAGAAGUGCUGACAUAAUCGGGUCAUUUAUUAACCUUUUUUCAUGCUUUUGCUUAAAAAAAUUCAGGUGAGUUAUCUGAAAGGCGAGAUGAUCCUAAAAAUCGUAACUAGCUUAGAUCUGCGAAGGGAAUUACGUUCUGCUCUCUAAAUCUAACAGACUAGCAUAGCCCUUUCUGCUCAUGCACAAUGAUGGAACAUUUUAAAAGCUAAUUCAGGUUUAAUUAUUUGCCUUUACAGAUUUGUCCAAGGCAUUUUUUUUCUCAUAAUAGAAAUGUCUAAUGAGUAAAUUGUACUGGUUAUGAACUGUAAAAGAGAACGUAUCUGCUUUUUGAAGAUAUUCAGGCACAGAGAUUCUGCUGUGUGUAACGUUUUGCUCAUUGUCAACUACCUUGGAGAUUCUUAUUUUUAUUUUUGACAUGCUUAGCUGUUUCUUUUCUUGAUUUAAAAGGCAAUGUUGGUCCAAUGUUAAAUGGGUGCAGCCCAUAAUUAGAAAUGCUGUGUGUUAACCUGUAAGAAGUUUUAAAAAACAGAAUCCUGAAUUUGUAAGUGCUACAGCUGAUAUAGCAGACAAUAGUUUCAACGGUUCUUAUUUGCGACCUUGUGUUUUAACUACCUGAAUCCACACGGCUGGAAAUACCUUUCAAAAUGAUUCUCAAUAUUGCCUUUUCAAACGACUGAAAUUUAUGAAGGGGAAUCCUCUAGUGUUAAUAUUACCUGAAACCUAUAGGAGACAAUUAGGUAAAUUGUCCAGUUUAAUCAAAUCAGGGAUUUUACAUAUAAAUAAGAGACAAUAUUCUAUGUAGGGUCUUUAUGUAGGUGCAUUAGGAUUCACUCACUGGCUCCAAUGACCUAUGUUGCCCCCAUGAUUGUUUCAAUCCUGUGGUAUUGUUUGGUUGUUUAGAGCUUGUUGGUUUUGAAUGCUGUACAUUUUUUUACUACUGCAAUCCUAAUGUUUCUUCACAUACUUGUACAGUUCCACAUUUGAUGUAUUAGUCUGAAAUUCUGUUAAAAACAUGAACAAAAAAUGGAAAUGAUAUUUCUUUGAAAGUGUAUUUUUACUGUAUAUCUAAUUUGAUCUAGUUGAACAUACUUCUUUACAUUUUGCAUGAUAGGUGUGUAGUUCAUUUUUUAAAUAUGAAAGAGACUAAAGAGUAACUUAGAAUGAGAAUAUAAUGAAACCUAUAUAUGAAAAAUACAUACAAUGAUUUGCUA